CCAAAUAAAGAUAUAGAAGCAGUUAGAACAAAGUGGACUUCAAAUAUUGAUAUGAUUAGUUAAACAACACCCACCUGAAAACCAACCACAACAUUUUUCUGCACAGAAAGUGGCAUAAACUGUAAUUCAUUCUUCUAACAAAGGGCUUUCUGGUCAGUCUGAGUUAACAAUUUUUUUUUUUUUUUUUUUGAAAACUCUGGCGGUUUGAACCUCCCGAAAAAACCUCGAAAUGCAACAAAUUCAAAAUUACCAAACACAGCCUAAACAAACAAAGACACAAAGAGGAUUUUGUUGCAGUUCUAGUGUGUUUUUUCGGCGAAAAACAUCGUCGGAGAAGAUUGGAACAGGGAUGACAGUAGGUAUAAAGAGUAAGGCGAAGGAAGAGAUGGAACAGAAAGAGCAGGAGCAACAUCAGUUAUGUUUGUUGGAUUUUUUGUUAACAGCAUUGAGGAAAUCUAUGAUGUAUUGUCGUCUAUUUGAUGAGAAAGAAGAAGUGAAAUCUACGGUUCAUUCUAUGGAAAUUGGAUGGCCUACAAAUGUUCAACAUCUUACUCAUGUCACUUUCGAUCGUUUUCAUGGGUUUUUGGGUCUUCCUGUUGAAUUUGAAGUUGAAAUCCCUUGUAAAGCACCAAGUGCCAGCGUCAGCGUUUUUGGCAUCUCCGCACAGUCAAUGCAGUGUUCUUAUGAUACAAGAGGAAACAGUGUCCCGACUAUUCUCUUGUUAAUGCAGGAACGUUUAUACACACAAGGUGGUCUGAAGGCUGAAGGAAUUUUUCGGAUAAACCCAGAGAAUAGCCAUGAGGAGCAUGUAAGGGACCAGCUCAACAGAGGCAUUGUGCCUGACAAUAUAAAUGUCCACUGUAUGGCCGGUCUCAUCAAAGCUUGGUUCCGAGAGCUUCCAGCAGGUGUGCUUGAUGGGCUUUCACCAGAACAGGUGUUGCAAUGCAACACGGAGGAGGAAUUUAUUGAGCUUGUGAAACAGCUUAAGCCAACGGAGACCGCAUUGCUCAAGUGGGCAAUUGAUCUUAUGGCUGACGUUGUUGAGCAAGAGGAAACCAACAAGAUGAAUGCAAGAAACAUUGCUAUGGUUUUUGCCCCAAAUAUGACACAGAUGUCUGAUCCAUUGACAGCACUCAUGCAUGCUGUUCAAGUGAUGAACUUACUUAAGACCCUGAUUGUGAAAACACUUCGCGAACGUGCAGAGACAGAAGGCGGAGGAUAUUCACCCAUGUCAUCUAGUUUCUCUGAUGGACAAACCGAGAAGGAAUUUGACACUCAACAAGAGAUGGAGACUAGAUGUGAAUCAACAGGGCCAACAUCAGAUGAUGAUGAACGACUACAUUACGGCUACAGCAGUGAAGACAGAGAUGAAAUUGAGUCAUUGAGUGAGAUUGAAGGAAGCUUUCUACAGCAAGUUAAUGAUAACAAUGAUGCAAAAAUUGACUUACGGAAACAGCUACAAGGAAUUUUGUGUAGCGAACACAAUCCCACAAGUGCCUCCACCCUUAAUGGAGAUCCUUCUUCAUCUACUUGAUAGUACAAACAUGAGUUGAGGCUUGAGCACUAGCAACAGUAAAAAACUCAAGAGCAACUUCUGUUUCAGUGGGGUUAAGGUGCAAGCAGAUUAACUGGAGCAUGUGCAAGCACAAAUAAUGUCAAUAUGAUAAGAUGUGAACAUGGUAGAGUCUGCUGUUCCUAUGUAGUUGGUUGGCUGUCUCGUCCAAACUGGUACGCUUAAUCUAUUCCGGUGAUGAAUUUUUUAGGUGUCCUGAAUCUUUCUAUCAUCAGUGAAUGGUUUUUUAUGUAAAAAGUUGUUAGUCUUAGACACAUAACAAUUUGCCUGCUGUUUGACUUGUGAAUCGUAGUUCAGCCUUCGUGGCUAUUUCCUCCGUUUUGUUAGAAA